AUGCAGGAAGUGCUCCAGGACGAAGAGCUGUCUGUUUGCGGCAUCUAUCGCCGCGGCUCGGACGUGGCCCGUGAGCUCUGGUUCCCUGGCAUCCAGGAAAAGUUCGAAGAGCACGACGAGGUCGUUUUGACUUUGUCCAGCGCCAUGAUCUUCGCCGAGAAGUACUUGGAUGGCGCAAAGGGCCAAUUUGCAGGUGCUGCGUCCGUGAUGGACGCGAGAAAGCUGCACCAGCAUUACCUGAGCUUUAUGUGGGCUUGGGAGAAUAAAUCCCACGAAGAUCUGGAGCUCGACCUUGAGUUGGAGUUGGACGCUCGCGCAAACCGCCACGCGAUGGUCCGCAUUUGA